AUGGAAUCAGUUCGCCAAUCGUGUCGGCCCAAGCAUCAGGUCUUGACGCUCAAGUGCUAUCCCAAAUACCAGAAAGGUGUUUCGGAAGUGAAGCCGAACCCCAGUGAACUUUCCUAUCUGCUGUACUAUGCCAGUACACGUCGCAGUAAGCUGACCAAGGUCGGCGCUUUCUUGGAAAAAAGAGUUGCCAAAGAUGUCUGGAGGCGCAGGUUGGGAAAUGUCCAGGUUGCGCUUCACAUCCUGACUGCGCUCAUCGAGAAAGUCCCUCGCGAUCUACCCAUCUAUGCGCAAUCCGUCUUAACCAUCAUCGAAACCGUUCUUGGAUCGAAUGAAAUUUCCAUGGUAGAGGAGUCCAUUGAGACUUUUGAGACUUUCUGCCGGCACCAGGACAUUGCAACUAUCGCUGCCGAACAAGGAAUCAUUAAUAAAUACCGAGAUGUCGUACAGACAUAUGCUAGUUUCGCCGAUCCUUCCUCUGAAAACUACUCGCCUGUCAAGCUCAGCCCCCCAGUUGCGAUACGGUGGAGAAAUGCUGGACUUCGUGCGAUUAAAAGCGUGAUUGGCUCUGAAAGUCUAGCCAUUGAUGGUGGAAACUGCUUAAAGAUCAUUUUGCCCGUCAUUCUGGAAAAUUUGUACUCUCCAGAUGAAGAUGUGAUUAUUCCCUUGACGGAACGGCUUGCUGAGAUUGAAAAAGAAGAGCGAGAGGUAGCACCUGUCAAUGUUAACCGGCGAACGAGCAUUGUGACGGUUGAUAUUCCAGAGGGUGAUCCUACUUUGGCGGCUCAGCCGACAGCCGCUGUGGAUCAUCAAGCAGAGAUUGAUGCGCGGUUACUGGCUCUUCGCUGUCUCGAGCAUAUUAUCAUUUCCGGGAGUAACCGUGGCCAGAUUCGAAUUGCGGCAUCGACUAUCGUGCGGUUCGUCUCCAGCAAGCGUCUUCCAACAACGAGUCGCGAGAACGGUGAGAACUGGGCUACCUCAUUGAUUGGACUCAUUGCGAACUGGUGCCCAGUUCAGGUCCGUUUCAUCAUCUUGGUGACGGCAAUCGAUAUCUUGCUCGAAACAAGUCCCAAGGAAGAUGCUUUGGAUCCGGCCUUUACCAUUCUCACGGUGGCGGACUGGCUCCUGAAGUCUUCUGUUAAUAUGAUUGGAUUGAGUGUUAUGGACAUUCUGCUUGGUCUGAUGAACUACGUUGCGAAUAUAUUGUCCCCCGACUCUGAAAAGCAGUCUGGUAGUGGGGCCUCUGUUAAACGGAAGAUGUUACUGAGUCUUCUAGAACAGUGUAUUGGGAACCUAGCAACCCAUACAUAUUAUGGAGACCAAGUCUUUGACAUGAUGCGAGCCAUUUUGCGACAUUUCAAGCCAGCGGUCAAUCUUGAUAGCGCUGCGCCCUCUACUUUGGCCACCGUCCAUGAAACCAAGGCUGUCCCUGUCACCCCGGUCCAAUCCAAUGCAGACAGUCCAUGGGGUAAAUUCCACGUGGAGGCCUUUUCCUCAACGACUGCUAAACUGACUUUUCUCCGGGCUGUGAAAGCAAUUCUCAUCGUGGCGAAUUCGAAAAAGUCUGCCACAUCGGAGGACCCCGAAACUAAGAAUCCAGUGGGCAUUCAAGUGUGGGAAGGCACACAGGAUCUUGUCCGAGACGCUGACCGAGAGGUCCGCUUCGCUUACGUUGACGCAUUCCUGGUAUGGCUGCAACUAGAGACACACAAACGUGACCUCAAGGUCCAAGUGGGAGCUCCAAAGUACAUCAAGCCGUCAUCGAAGCGUGACUCGGAGCAGCAGGAGCGACAGGGCCGACGAACCAUCUCGGCCCCAGGAAACCAGCAAGAGAAGGUUAUUAUGGUUGCACAAUCUAGAUUCCUUCGUCUCUUGCAUCUAGCUAUUUACGACUCUGUUCUUGAGACAGCUGCCAGUGAAUCUGAUGUACUCUUGUUUCAUCUCCUGUUGACAAGCCUGGUCGACAACCUUGGCGUCAACGCACUUCAAUUUGGCCUUCCCAUGGUCUUGAAGCUGCAGGAAGAUCUCUCUACUUCGUUCGACUUGGGAUAUACAGCUCGCGUGAACGUGGGAAGCCUGGUCCAUGGAUAUCUUCUGGCAGUUUCAGAAAUUUUCCAUCUUGUGUCCACCAACGCUGGCAUUGAAAUUCAAAAAGAAAUUGAGAAGCGUCAGAGCAAUGGCCAGUGGUUAACCAAGAUUCAUUCGCCCCCAACCCCGGUUGAUGGCAUCGCCAUAGAUGAUAACAACUCUUCCCGCUAUAAUUCAAAUCAGUCGAUAUUGACACCCUUCCAGAAUGCGGAGGGCUUGGUGAAUGGAAUCGACGAGUCCUAUAGCCAGACCGUCACAUCGCCACCACAAAGCCCCACAACUGCGCUGGCGCAAGGCUUCAGUUUCCCAGUUCUGAUAAACUCUAUGGCGGAGUUCCAACCACAAGCUGAGAGCGGUCUCCCAUCAACCGUCAAGGAACAGAUGCUGUCUUCUUGGUCUCGAGAGGCCUGCAUUGCCGCUGUCGAGAAGGAAAGCUUCAAAGCUCUUUCUAUCAAUGGCUCCCGUGCCGGCACUGUGGCUCGCAACAGUAAUACCAACGGUGCUCCGACCGUUUCCCCUACUAGCUCCGACAAGAACCGCCGUAUGAGUGUUCCCGAGGCUUCGCAGACCUCAGAGAACAAUAGCACUAGAGGAUCUCCAGUGCGUGUCACCGAGCUCCGACGGGUGCUCUCUGUGAACACCGAGAACCCAAACCGACGACUAAGCCCACUGAGAGGUCGCGUUGACGCAUCAAACAUGAGCAUUAUUUCUUCUGGUAGUGAUAGCAUGGUCAGCGGUUAUUCUGCCUCUGAAAUGGACCCAGACGCCGCCUCGAUCAGACCCCAGGAAAAUGAACAGUCGAUUAAUGGCGAGAAUGUGCGUGCCUCAGAUGUUGCUCUCUCCGGCGAGAGGAACUCGCUGUACCUAACAGAGGAAAUCCCUCCCGUACCGCCUAUCCCUGCUGGUUUGGCCAUUCCCGGUAGCUUCCCGGUCGAUUCCCAGCGGUCUUUGCUCAUCGACCGACCAUCUACCGCUCCUGAUAAUUCCUUCCAAACUACACCGUCGGAUCUCUCACAACACUCUCGAAAGAAGUCUCUUAACCGUACAAAGAGCCGCAGCAGCAACACCCUCGCUGCCGAUGCUCAUCAAAUCGGAGAGGCUAACGGAGACUCCUUCGAAUCCAGCCAGCGCGAUGAACUGAAGAAGUUCCUGAAUGGAUACCGAAGCAGCAGCAGUCCCCUGGCCUACGUAAGCCGUCCCACCACAUCAGCCUCCUCGAAAUCCGGAUUUCCUUCCGGCCGACGUGCGAGUGGAAUCGGUCGUCCUCCAUACUAA